AAGCCCACCCUUAAAGAGCGCAUCUCACCAUUCUCCCCAUCUUUCUCUCCGAGCUAAGCGCGCUCCUUCCUCUCUGGUCGAAUCAAUGAGUUUAAGGGGAGAAAAGAAAAAAAACAGUCUAUGCUUUUUUAUAAGAACGGAUUAAACAGGUGCUUUUUUUUGGCUUUCAGGAAUAACAGAACAACAGCAGGAAUCUGACCCAGACUUCUAAUAACCAACCCUGAUACCUUCACAACACUACAGAGCCAAUAGGGUCCUGUCUCCUGUGAGUGUGCCAAGUCUGCUCUGAGAUCCUGCAGCCAGUCACUUGAUCUUCUCUUCCCCCUCCUGGGGUUAUUACCAACAGCUUCCCAUCACACUGCUUUGCUGGGUGCCUGUAGCUCCUCUCAUCUUAAGCCAUGAUGAAUGAAGUUCAGGAGGCAACCUCCCCUGCAACCAGCCUGAGCGGCCCUGCUACCUGUGUCUCCAAAGUAGAGCUGCGUGUGUCUUGCAAAGCUCUGCUGGACCGAGACACGCUGAAUAAGUCAGACCCCUGUGUCGUACUAAUGGUACAGAACAAUGGACAGUGGAUUGAGUUGGAUAGGACAGAAGUGAUAAAGAGCAACUUACACCCGAUCUUCGGGAAGGUUUUCGGUCUGGAUUACUACUUUGAGGAGGUGCAGAAGCUGCGAUUUGAAGUUUAUGACAUCCACGGAACCCACAGCAUAGGGACCCGUGAUGAUGACUUUCUGGGAGGCAUGGAAUGCACACUUGGCCAGAUUGUGGCCCAGAAGAAGAUGAUAAAACCUUUGCUCCUGAAGUACGGGAAAUAUGCCGGCAAGUCCACAAUCACAGUUCAUGCCGAGGAAAUUUCUGGAAACAAUGGGUAUGUGGAGCUCUCCUUCUGUGCUAAGAAGCUGGAUGAUAAGGACCUGUUCAGCAAGUCAGACCCAUUUUUGGAAAUAUUUCGAAUGAACGACGACGGAACUGAACAGCUUGUCCACAGAACCGAGGUGAUCAAAAACAACCUGAAUCCAGUGUGGGAGCCCUUUAAAGUGUCACUCAUAUCUCUGUGCAGCUGUGACGAAGAGCGCAAACUCAAGUGCCUAGUGUGGGAUUAUGACUCCAGAGGAAAGCAUGAUUUCAUCGGCGAGUUCUAUGCCACAUUCAGGGAAAUGCAGAAAAUUUCCAGUGGAAAUAAGGUUUCAUGGGAUUGUGUGAAUCCUAAGUACAAACAGAAGAAGAGAAACUAUAAAAAUUCAGGAGUCGUCAUUCUCAGCGACCUGAAGCUCCACAGAGUCUAUUCCUUCUUAGAUUACAUCAUGGGAGGUUGCCAAAUUCAUUUUACGGUUGCUAUUGACUUCACUGCAUCCAACGGAGAUCCAAGGAACAGCUGCUCUUUGCACUACAUUAACCCGUACCAACCAAAUGAGUACCUAAAGGCUCUGAUAGCUGUUGGUGAGAUCUGUCAAGACUAUGACAGUGACAAGCGGUUCUCAGCUCUGGGCUUUGGUGCCAGAAUUCCACCAAAUUAUGAGGUCUCCCAUGAUUUCGCCAUUAAUUUCAACCCCGAGGAUGAUGAAUGUGAAGGGAUCCAAGGAGUCGUCGAGGCAUAUCAGAGCUGCCUUCCUAAGAUCCAAUUAUAUGGCCCCACAAACGUUGCUCCGAUCAUUAACAGGAUAGCCAAGGUGGCAGCAGGCGAUGGCAACAUUAAAGAUGCAUCUAUAUACCACAUCCUGCUCAUCCUCACAGAUGGUGUGGUCACAGACAUGGCAGACACACGUGAAGCCAUUGUUCGAGCAUCCUACCAGCCUCUUUCGAUUAUCAUUGUUGGCGUGGGCAACGCAGAUUUCACAGACAUGCAGAUUCUGGAUGGAGACGAUGGUGUGCUGCGGUCACCGAAAGGCGAACCUGUCCUCAGGGACAUUGUGCAAUUCGUCCCUUUCCGAGACUUUAAAACGGCUUCUCCUGCAGCCUUGGCGAAGUGUGUUCUUGCAGAAGUACCUGGUCAAGUAGUUGAGUAUUUCAGCCAUAAGGCCAUUUCGCCUAUGAGCCCGAUGAGGGAAUUGCUGACCCCCAUCCUAAGCCCAGUGGCCACAACCCCUACGGAAUAAAUGGCAGCUUCGUACCUGCAGCCCGCCUUGGAGCACAUCAGCAGUCUGGAAUACCAGGGGGUACAGCAGAUGCAUGUCUCUACAUGAGAACUGAAGAGAAAAUUCUUCUAAAUGUGUUGUAAUUUAUUUCAAGCAAAAUGUUUACACCAAGACUGAAACACAAUAGAAUGUGGAUUAUAUUUCUGUGCUCUGUGUGGGUUGAGCACUUCCUCCUGGUUAUGGGAACUGACCAUCCAGCUUUUUCAGCAACAGAACCCCUGAGGUGUUAUGUUUUCUCCUCAUUAUGUUUAUGCAUGCAGGCCAGGACCUUAAUGAUGAUUUAGUGAUCAGACAGAGGCUUGUUUUUUUUUUUCUGCUAUCAACAUCAGUUCAAGAUUUCCCUUCCUUUCGCACAAAUAAAUAUAAAUUAAUUAGAUUCAGAAUUAGAUGAAUAAAAUGUAAGAAAUGCUACAGUUUACUGUUGAUCUUAUAAUUUAUCCGUAGGCUUAAGAAUGUGUCUGGUAGUAGAAUUGGCCUUAUUUUUGAAAUUACAUUUGUAAGUACACAUUGACCAUAAUUUCAAAUUUCCCCAACAGGGAACUGACAUCGGUAUGCACUGUAAAUGCCUCAUUUUUCUAUUUAAGUGUACUGCUUGAUGUGAUAUACUGAUAAAAAGUUUGUCUGAAUGUGCUUCAGCCACUGACAACAAAACAAAACCUUCUUUAAAAUACAAGUCAAUGAUAGAAAUGUAAACAUGGAAGUGCUGAUGAGUACAGUGUAGUCUAUUUAUAAUUCACCAAAUCCCUUUAGCGGUCAUCUAUGAACGCUAGACUGAAGAGCAAACGAGAUAAAUUCAUGAUUAGUUGUAUAGGAUACUGUAACUUUUUGAUGCAGACUAAAGGUAAAUAUCAACAUGUUAUCUACCUUUUUUAUGUUUGCAGGUUUUAACUGCCACCUUGUGAAACUGCAAGUGAUAAAGCUCCAGUAAUCUGCUGUUUACAAUUUAGCUUUGGCUCUGUAUAUGCUUUUUUUCCCUUCAAGACUGAACUGAAAGCCUACAUAAAAAUAUAUAUGACCAAGAUAUAUGUAAUUUUUCUGCAAGAGUAAACCAGCUUGAUUUGUUGUCAAGUGGCUAAAAUAAGCAGUAAAAAUCCUGCGUCAUGACAGGUUAUGUUUGAACUCUUGUAUUGUUGUCAUCCCUUAGUAAGCCAUCAGCCACCUAGUAACCUUUCAUGUAACUGCUGUUAGUUUUGUUUUGCAAAAUUUCCUUUUUUUCCCUGCUUUUAUAUGCAAUGUAAUUCUAUCAGUUGUUAUAUAAAACAUUCAAGUUGUAACAAGUUUAAAUCACAUCAAAGCACAAAAUACAUUAAUGUUGUAACACAUGUUAAUAUUGAUUUCAUUUACACCAGAAUAAUAAAUUCUUGGAGAUUAAUGUUACUUUUGUGGCUUCUUGACAUAAAAUGAGUGUAUCCCAAGAGCUAACUCCUAAUCGAUAAUUUCAAUUUCCACUCAAUUCUCACUCAGAUGGUGAAACAGACAAGCUUGACUACAUCCUUUUUAUGAGCUCAUCUUUUGAAAUAAGCCUAAUCACUUUAAAACUAGGGAAUCAAUCUGCACGUAUCCAGUGUGGACUGAGUCACAUAAUAUAAUGUUCAGGGUCUAGCAAUGAAAAAGAGAAAUUGUGUUUAUCAAAAAUAUUUUACAGCUACUGUAUAGUUCAAUGGGUUUCAAUGCUGGUCUGCAAGUUCCACUUCUCUAUAUGUUUUCGAUGUCUCUUUCUUGCAGAACACCUGCUUCAAAAGAUUGCAUGAGCUCCUCACACUGAUCUCUAUUUAUUCACUGGAUUGCUGAUAGGCUGAAAAGAAAAUGAAGUCACCUGCUGCAAUCUUGGUACUCCCCAUUCUCAAGGAUUCAUGCCAUAAAAAGGCCUGUAAUGUAAUGUUAUUACCAUAACAAUGUAAUCAAUACAUGUACAUCCUUAAUUUAGCACCUUGGGCACAUCAUCAAAUGGUGUGUGUAUGAGGGUGUGUAAUAUUCUCAGUAUCUGACAACCUUAUCAUUGUGCUCCAUUAACACACUAAUUUUGUUG